AUGGCACUGCCCGGUGAUGCUGCUGCCGCUGCUGCUGCUGCGCGUCCUGGCUCGACCAGAUACUCGACAGAUAAAUAUCCCGCAACAGCACCAUCUCCCUAUAUCAUCGCCACCGGUCCUCCUCUUCCAUCCCUCUCCCUUCCACCGCCUCUUCCUCCACGCAUGAUCCCGAGUACUACACAACACAAAACCUCGCCUUUCCCAGCAGCAACCAUGCAGCCGGAUCCGUCAGCAAAGACGCUCGCCGCUUCCGACCAGCAGCAGCUGCGCAGACCGCAGUACGUGCGCUCGUCGUCCUCGUUAUCAACGAUCUCGACACUCAGCUCGGAUUCCUCGGACUCGCUGCCCCUGCCGCCGAUGCCGUCCUCGACCUCCACCACCGCGCCCGCGUCAGUGUUCUCGCCACUGCAGCAGCAGCCGCUGCUGCCGCUGCCGCAGAAGCGUAAAGUCGAUAUCACAAUCACAGAGAGCGAGGAUGGACAGAGACAGAGCGGGAAGGGAAGACCGUUUGAGUGGUCGCCGCUGCCGUGGGCGGCGUAUGCGGAUGUCCCUGGCGAUUGGUGGCUAAGCAAGGUCGACGAGCGGCUUGAAGAGCUCGCGAUCUGUUCUGACGAGGAUGAAGUCGACGACCGGCGAGGACGAACGGGUGGCAGCCGGCGGAUGACUGAGAAAGAGGGCAUGAUCUGUGCGGUCUACGACGACGAAGAGGUCGAGACCAGUAAGGUCGACGAGGAGGAGGAUGAAGACGACGAUGGGUACUACAUCUGCGAAGAACCGGAGGAGAUUCACGAAUACGACAGUCGCGGCCGUCCGAUCUUGAAAGUGUUGACGAACCUGAACAGACGCGAUGAUUUCUACGUGGGCCGCGCGGGGCGGUAUGACUAG